AUGGCCAGUAUGCGACGCACCUGGACGAGGGACAACGACAACGAUGGUUACGUCGUCGUUGUCGUCGUCAUUUUACAUUGGACACGAAGGGACACGAGGGAUGAUGACGAUGACAUCGUCGUCAUCGUCGUUUUCUAUCCAAUACGAACGACGAUGAUGGCCAACAAACGACGGAUGGACGACGACGAAAACACGCCGAGCGCCCACCACCAUGAAGACACGCCGAGCGCCCACCACCAUGAAGACGCGCUGGGCGCCCACCCUACCAACGAAGAUGAGCGCCCACCAACACCACCGAUAAACGGCGACAACUGCCUUCCCACUCCCUCCCCAUUCCCUCCCUCUCUCCCCCAUUCCCUCCAUCCCUCCCCCAUUCCUUCAUCCCUCCCUCUGUCCCCCAUUCCCUCCCUCUGUCCCCCAUUCCCUCCCUCUGUCCCCCAUUCCCUCCCUCUGUCCCCAUUCCUAUCUCUCCCCCAUUCUCUCAUUCCCUCCCCCAUUCCCUCACUCCCUUCCCCUCUCCCUCUCCCUCACUCUCUCACCCUCUUCCUCACUGCACACCACUCCCUGCCCCUCUCCCUCACUGGCCAGCACUCCCCCUCUCUCUCAUUGCCUGCCACCCCUCCCUCAUUGCCUAUAACCCCUUCCCCCUCCAUCAUUGCCUACCACCCCUUUCCCCCCUGCCUUGUUGCCCACCAACCCCCACCCCCCCUCCCUCACUCCCUCCCCUUCUCUUUGUUCCUUUAUUUAAUAGUCCCUGUAGUAAUGUAA